AUGGUCCAGAUCGGCCGCAACAACCACAUCCCGCGAUGGGCGCCCGGCUCGGUGCUCAGCUACGUCGUGUGCCACGAGACAUUCCCGUCCCUGCAGCACGCGGCCUACGCGAGCUGGGGGCUCGUCCAGGGCAUCGCCCUGUGGAGGGGCGCGGGGGUCCCCUUCCACCAUGUGACGCGCGACUGGCCCGCCACGUUCCGGGUGGUCUACCUCGACGAGCCGCCCACGCCGUCGUACACCGCGAUCGCGCGCAGCUUCUACCCCAGCAACGAGCCGCCCGCCAACCGCACGCUCUAUGUCUUCGGCAGAGCCUUCGAGCCGGCCCACGUCAACAGCAUGGCCUCCCUGAUGGCCCACGAGCUGGGCCACAUCAUGGGCCUGCGCCACGAGCUCAACGUCCCGGGGGAGGAGCUCGUCGAGGACUGGUCGGCCACCUGGAUGAACCCCAACCCUCGCAGCAUCAUGGUCCGCUCCGGGAUCCUGCGGCCGCCCUGGACCGUCCAGCCGUCCGACGUGGUCGGCGUCCGGACGUUCUACGCCGCGCCCAUCGUCGAGAUUGAGGGACGGCAACUCGUCGACUUCGUGCCGAUCAAUUCCGUGUACCAAGCCUUUUCCCUUUAG